CGGCUUCUUCCAGUAUGAUGCCACCACGCGCCAGAAGAGACAGUGAAGUCCACUCUCUCUGUGUGCGGGGUGGGUGGUUUACGUUCCCAUUUAGGAACCGAGAACCAGAGCUCAGAGAAGCCCGAAAACUGUGUUCUCUCCUGUGUUUUUCCUUCGUACAAACCGCAUUUUCCCUCACUUUCCUUCUCCCUUUCCCUCCUCAGAAAGAAACAUCCAUCUUCACUUUCAAAAACCAUCCCACUUGCCUCUCUCGCUUCUUCAAUUGCCCAUCAAAUGCUUGUUGAAACAACUCACACAACUCCUCACCAUGCCGCAUCCGAUGAGCUUCUUUGUGGAAGAAGAUGAAGAUAUGCUGAUGGACGCCGAUGCCAACAAUGUCGAGCACGUUCCUCAGCACGACCCCCACCGCCACCAUCCUCAGCGUCAGCACCUCCAGCAGAUACUUCUGACUGAGAGCAGUGGAGAGGACAUCGAAAUCAAAGUGCCCAGAAGGCGAGCCGAGACAUGGGUCCAUGAUGAAACUCAUAGCCUCAUCGCAUUCCGUAGAGAAUUGGAUGAGUUCUUCAAUACUUCCAAAUCCAACAAGCAUCUCUGGGAGCAUAUUGCUGCUAGAAUGAGCGAACUGGGGUAUGAUCGGACCGCAGCCAUGUGUACUGACAAGUGGAGAAACCUGCUGAAGGAUUACAAGAAGGCGCAGCAGCGUGAUGGAGGAAGCGGGAAGAUGUAUUACGAAGAGCUCGAAGAGUUUUAUGCGGAGAAGAAGAGAAAUAAUCCGUACAGGAAGAUUACUUCUUCUAGGGCUCCAUUCAUGCACAUUUCCGAAAAAGAUGGUCGCAAGGCACGAUUUAAUUCUGAAAAGGUUAUGGAUUAUGACCAACACAGUCUUGGCAUUAGUGAAGCUGAAGUUGUUUCAGCCAAUGGACUUCCCCCCUGGAAUAGGAAAGAAACCCCUGGAAGUGGCACGGAGAAUGAGUCUGCAUAUACAGGGAGGGUUAUAUGGGUGAAUUAUGGGGAAUGCACUAAGAGGAUUGGCAUUGAUGGCUCCUCAGAUUCAAUCAAGGAGGCAAUCAGGUCUUCUUUUGGCCUUAGAACCAAUCGGGCAUUUUGGUUGGAGGAUGAAAAUGAGAUAGUGCGAAGUCUUGACAGAGACAUGCCAUUGACAACUUAUACUCUUUGUCUUGAUGCAGGAUUGACUAUAAAAAUCUGUCUUUAUGACCAGCCACGCCAGCUACUACCAGUUCGUACUGAGGAGAAAACGUUUUACUGUGAAGAUGAUCUUCGCGAUUUUCUCCACCACCGUGGCUGGAUGGGUCUAAGAGAUUUAAGCUGCUAUAAAGUUGUUGAGAAGUUGGAAGAUCUCCGUCCCAGUGAAAUGUACCAAGGACUGAGAUUGCCCAGUAACUGAAUUCACUAGUUGAACUUAUGCAAAACUUAGAACAGUAUCCUCUAUAAUAUGGCUUUGUAUAGCACUUGAAAGAUGAACCUCUCUGGCAAGGCUUCUGUUUUGAGGCUGUAGUUUCUUGCUAAGUUUUAUGCAGAGAACUUGGAAGACUACCCUCUCUGAAGAGGCCUUCUGUUUUUCAUGUCUAGUUAGUUGCUUUUAUGUAGUAAACAAUGUUGUAUUUGUAUAUAGCUCUUUGUCUUAGUUUACCUUAUAUGGGCACCAUUCCAAUGCAAAUCCCUUCAUCUUCACUGUA